GCACGCAUGCGCGUGACUCGAAACAGCGGGCAAGAAAGGAAGGUGACAUUUUGUUGACGGUCCGCUUUGUGCGUGUUUUUGUUAAAAUGUCGGCUGUGGGGAGGACAGUGAGUGUCCUCAGAGCAGGAGCUCGGCUCGCCACACGCGGCCCUCAGCACGCUUUCAUCCGGAAGGCAGGAGGAGGUCCACACAUCGUGCCUCAGUACCGUCAGCCUCCUCAGAUCACUAAACACCAGAAGUUCCGCUCCGAGCUUCUCAGUGGCUUCAUGUGGUUCUGGAUCCUGUGGCACUCCUGGCACAACUCGGACGCCGUCCUCGGUCAUUUUCCAUGGCCGGAUACAGAUGCCUGGACCAAUGAGGAGUUGGGAAUUCCACCUGAUGAUGAGUGACCUCAUCAUCGGACACCAGUGCUGAGUGGAGUGUGUGAGUGAGACCUCCACCGUUAUUAAACUCCUCCUGAGUUCCUGCUGUACAGAGACUCGUGUAGUCUGGAUGGAUUUCCCAUACACGUCUAUUUAAAAAUAAAUAAACCAUAAAAAGAAACAAACCGUGGACGAGUCGCUUCUCCUGUGGACUUCUGUUUCGUUUUAUUUCCUCAGUAUGGACGCAGAGCACUGACGACGUCCCAUCAUGCACCAGUGAGGAUUAGCGUCCAUAAGGAUGUACAGAAAUCCCAUCAGGCACCUCUUAAGACCCUUUUUGUGUCACAUGACCACAGAUGUCACCAAUAAGUAGCAGAUUUAUUAUUUUUGUUUUUAUUAUGAAAAGUGGCCUGAGAUUUAUUUCUGUUCCAUACACACAAGUUUUGACACCCCUGCUUUUCUCAGCACACGUCACGAGUCUAAACAUCUGUCUGAACACAAGGUUUUGUGUUUUUAAAUCCAGAGGGCCAUUAGGUGGGAUUUAUGCUGAUGGAAAAAAAAAGUGUGUAAAACUGAGGGCUGAAGAUGCAGUGAUUUUCAGGAUGUUGUAUAUCUCCUCCUCUUCCUGUCUUAUCUGUGAUUUGGUCUAAAUAUCUCAUUUCUCCGUCAACUUUACUUGUAUUUGGAUCGUUUGACUCUUCUCACCGGUGAGAGUCGACUCCUAACCGACUCAGUCAUUUAAUUCAAAACUGGAGAAAGUUUUCUGAAAUUAAUAAUGAGCAAUACUAAUAAUUAACGUUGAUGUAAGCCACAUAUUUCAGGUCUGUAUCCGUUUGGAAAGAACAAAAACGCUUAUUUGAUGUAAUUAAUGAAAGAAAGCACACAAUUGUGCCGUGAUGCUGAAUAGGACCGUUCCUGUGGAAAUGUUUUGUUUAAAUUGCACUAGUUGUGUACAAGCACAAAUAAUGAGAAGAAAAUAAAAGAUACAAUACUA